CCGAGCCGGUUACGGCGCAGAGUACGUGCUCUCGCAGAGGAGCAGACAUUGCACUGUGAGCUCGUGAAGCCGGCCUCGGCGUUGGUUUGCGAGUGUGUUGCAGGGUGAUUCAGGAUGGGGGACAAGCCUGUGUGGGAGCAGAUAGGAGCCAGCUUCGUGCAGCACUACUACCAGCUGUUUGACUCUGAUAGAUCACAACUUGGAUGCAUAUAUAUUGAUACCUCAUGCCUUACGUGGGAAGGACAACCGUUCCAGGGAAAAGGAACAAUUAUGGAGAAACUCACUAGUCUCCCCUUCACAAAAAUAGCGCAUAGUAUAACAGCGCAAGACCACCAGCCAACUCCAGACAGCUGCAUCUUGAGUAUGGUUGUAGGACAGCUAAAAGCAGACGAUGACCCCAUCAUGGGUUUCCAUCAGAGUUUCAUCCUCAAGAACAUUAAUGAUUCAUGGGUGUGCACCAAUGACAUGUUCAGGCUGGCCAUUCACAACUUCGGCUAACCCCCCAUCCCAUUCUGGUGGGCAGGGGCGGCCAUAGUGAUGGGCACUGUGUGAAAAGUAUGGAGGGAGGGGAGCGAAGAUUUGAGGAUGGAGAGAAGAGAGAACACUCAUUCCUCCCUCCUGCUGUCUCAUUUAUGCCUGUUUGACAAACAAGCAAACACCAUAUUCUAGAUGUCAAUCACUGAACCUCAUCCAGGUGGGUUUCCAGACCACCCCAGCCAGUAGAAUUGCUAUGUGUUUCUUUGCUGAGAGCCGGCCGACCAAUCAGACGCCCCUGUCUGCCACUCCGCUGAUCUGCAUGAUGCUGGGAACCCCUCAUUACAAUAUCUACACUCAAGCCACCUGAAAGACAAACAGUUGACCGACGCCAUUAACUCAUACUCUGCUCUGCUCUCCACCCUUCUUUAC